AAAUGUCAUUUCAAUUCAAUGCGAAUACUAUUGAAACACCUAUUAUGAUGAACAUGUAUGAGCCCAAUAGGCAGCAACAUAAUAAUCGAAAUACAAUGAAUUGUUUUCGACGGAAAACCAAUCUGGAACUACACCUCAUAUUUUAUUUAAUACUGACCGUCAUAUUGUGCACCAUUAUUGUGGUGUUCAACAAUUUCACGUCAACUCACUCGACACCGAUCGUAAUCGUCGAAAAGCACAACAUAUACGUGGACUUAAACUACCAGUCCUUGGAUACCGACCCCAAAGUGCGGGCCGUUAUAGUGAAGGCUCGCAAUUCUGUGGAGUUAUUGCGGAACGCAUUGAAUAUUCCGUGCGUUGGGGUCGGAGUAGCUGUUAAUGGCAGCACACUAUGGGCUGAAGGGGUCGGGUAUUCAGACAUUGAGAAUGGCGUCAAAUGUCACCGACAGUCGGCAUUCAGUAUGUACACUGACAAUUUUUAA